AUGGGAGGUGGCAGCGGCGGCUGUCAACGGCGAGCAGAAGCUGCGGCGGAGGUCCGGCGAGGUGGAGAGCUCGGGAAGAGGAAAAGCAGUGCAAAUGUGGGUGUGGGAAUGCAAGAGUGGGUUCGUGGGGAACUCCAGGACGUGCUCGGGGUCCAGAAGAAGGCUUGGUCAUGUGGGAGCAGGUGCUGGCAUGCCGGCGGGAUGCGUGGCGGAUCAGGCAGCGGCGGGGCGAUGUGGGGCGGCAGGGUGGGGUCCAGCGCGGGGUGGGGAGCGACGACGUGGGUGCUGGGGCGGCAUGGCACCGAGGAGAGCGGCGCGGGGACGGCCGGUGCACGGCACAUGGCCGGUGAAGGCGGCGGGGGUUGGGCGCAGAGAAAACAGAGGAGGAGGGAGCUGGAGGUAGAUAAUGGGGACUAA